AGUGGCUGUGUAUUAGAGGUUGCCCAUGCGCAGUGACGAAUUGUGCCAUAUUGAAACGAGGCAGUCAUCGGCGAGGCGAGCGGAGAUACAGCAUCUGAAAUCUACUUGGAAAAACUCAGAGCAGCGGUCAGCUGUCUGUGAGCGCACUGCUGAGCCAGGUGUGAGGGGGAAGGGGGUGCCGCCAGGCCUGGAACAGUAAACAUGACCACCAGGGGGCGGGCCACCAUGAACCUUGAACUACUGGAGUCUGACCAGGGUUCCGGGCAGGAUGACUCCGACUUCAACUGGGACGAGUACCUGGAGGAAUGCGGCCUGUCGGCGGUGCCUCACCACGCCUUCAAGCAUGUUGACCUAAGCCUGCACACAGGCCUCAGUCCCGGGAUGAAGCUGGAGGUAUGUGUACGAGGCGAGCCGAAUGGCAGCUACUGGGUGGCCACCAUAAUCACCACCUGUGGCCAGCUACUGCUGCUGCGCUAUGAGGGUUACCACGACGACCGCAGGGCGGACUUCUGGUGUGACAUCAUGACAGCAGAUCUCCAUCCUAUUGGCUGGAGCAAGCAGCAUGGCCGAAUUAUGAAACCACCCGAAGGUGUGCGAGAGAAGCAUGAGAACUGGGAAGCUCUCCUGGAGGAUGGCCUACUGGAAUCCUGUAGUGCACCGGCCAACCUACUGGAAGGGCCGCACCGUGGGAAGAAUCUGUUGGACCUCCUGUGCCCGGGUACGAGUGUGGAGCUUCAGGACAGCGAGGAUCCUGGAGUGGCCUGGGGGGCAGUGAUUGAGGAGAAUGUAGGGGGGCGCCUGCGCCUGCUGUACGCAGGAGCCGAGGGGCUACCCCAAACGCUUGCCAAGCACUGGGUCUUCUACCUGCACCCAUUCCUGCACCCUCCUGGCUGGGCACUGGAAAGUGGCUGUACACUUGCCCCCCCUGCUGCGAUACGUGUUUUGCGGAGUGAGGCGGAGUGGGGUGAAGUCCGACAGGGAAUUAGCUGCCAGGCCACCGAGGAGACCGUCCCUGAAGACUUAUUCAAGGACAAGCCCACAGUCUCCACUCACUGCUUCAGUGAAGGCAUGAAACUGGAAGCUGUUAAUCCCGCUGCUCCCUUCUGCAUAAGCCCCGCUACCGUCACCAAGGUGUUCAGUGAUCAGUACUUCCUGGUGGAGAUGGACGUCCUGCAGGGCAGCGCGGUGUGCAGGGGGGGCAGCCGCCCCUUUGUGUGUCACAGCGACAGCUCUGGCAUCUUCCCUGCCCAGUGGAGCCUCAAAAACGGGGUGCCGCUCAGCCCGCCGCCAGGAUACCAGGGCCAGGACUUCGACUGGGCCGACUACCUGAAGCAGUGCGAGGCAGAGGCUGCACCCCAGCACUGCUUUGCCCCAGAGCUGCGUGACCAUGACUUUGUGGCGUCCAUGAAGCUGGAGGCGGUGAACCCGCUCUCCCCCGAGCACAUCCACGUGGCAACUGUCACCAGGGUCCGGGGGCAGCACAUCUGGCUGCAUCUGGAAGGGGUGAAGCAGUCCAUCCCAGAGGUCAUCACGCAUGUCAAUUCCAUGGACAUCUUUCCUGUCAGCUGGUGUGAGACCAAUGGCUACGUCCUCAGACACCCCAGUAAACCUCAAGUUCAGAAGCAGAGGCGGGUUGCAGUGGUACAGCCGGAAAAGCACCGGACUCCAACCAGAGCCACGCCCACCGAUGCCCUGAAACAACAGGAAAACAACCAAUCAGAGAGCGGACAAAGCAACGGAAAAUACUCCUGCCCCAAGAUCUACUUCAACCACCGCUGUUUCUCCGGGCCGUACCUGAACAAGGGCCGCAUAGCAGAGCUGCCGCAGUGUGUUGGGCCUGGCAGCUGUGUUCUGGUCUUAAAAGAGGUGCUGACGCUCCUGAUCAAUGCGGCCUACAAGCCGAGCCGGGUCCUGCGGGAGCUGCAGCUGGAUGAGGAGUCUCGCUGGCAGGGCCACGGGGAGACGCUCAAAGCCAAGUACAAGGGCAAGAGCUAUCGAGCCACGGUGGAGAUUGUGCGAACGGCAGAUCAAGUGGCAGAGUUUUGUAGGAAGACCUGCAUCAAGCUUGAGUGUUGCCCCAACCUGUUUGGGCCGCGCAUGGUUCUGGAGCGCUGCUCAGAAAAUUGCUCCAUCCUCACCAAGACCAAGUACAGGGAAACCGGAGAACUCAGGGGAAUCCCCCACCCAUGGAAAUCCCAUUACUACGGCAAAAAGAAAAGCAAGCGGAUUGGCCGACCCCCGGGGGGCCACACGAACCUGGAGGGCGGCAUGAAGAGGACGGGAAAGAGGAGGAAGAGGAGGAAGCACUUCUUCGUUCACAAGAAGAAACGAUCAAGCUCCCUGGAUAACACCCCUGCCGGCUCACCCCAGGGCAGCGGUGAUGAAGAAGACCUGGAUGAGGAAGACUCCCUGAGCGAGGACUCGGGCUCAGAACUGCAAGACGAGCUGCUGGAUGACUCGGAACACUCCGAGAAGAAAUCGCAGCCUCCCUCGCCAACGCCCAAUGAGACGGUCCGAACCCGUCGCAGGCGCAAGGCCCGUUCGUCCUCCUACUCCGACGAUGAAAACCGGCCCCCCUCCCCAAAGACGCAGCGGGGAGACGCACCAGAGAAGCUGCGGCUGGACAGCAGCCCCCUGGAGUGGAGCGUGGCGGACGUGGUGCGCUUCAUCAGGACCACGGACUGUGCCGCCCUGGCACGCAUCUUCCUGGACCAGGAGAUUGACGGACAGGCCCUUCUCCUCCUGACACUACCCACCGUACAGGAGUGCAUGGGUCUUAAGCUGGGACCGUCCAUCAAGUUGUGCCACCAUAUCGAAAGGGUGAAACUGGCCUUCUACCAGCAGUUUGCUAGCUGAGAUUACCGGAGCGAGUGGGAGGAUUAGCUCAGACUGUCGGCCAGGAGUGGCGAAGUGUUUUCACCGCUCUACAGACUACAGCGUACAUGCACUGGAGCUGCGCACUUGCAGCUAAGGUCACUUUCAUCCAUGGCGUCGUGGAUUCGCGAGCAGAGUGGGCGUGGCCGUAAGGUAUCUUUCUGUCUGCAGUAUGAAGCCUCUUGUAUCAGGCUUUUCUCUGUUUGGUGCGAGCAGCUGAUGGCUUCUAAUCAGCAGUCAGUUUUUUAUUAUUAUUUAUACAGGCACUGCAGGUGUGGAUUUCAUAUUUAUUUUAUGUUUAAUCAGCUUUGAAGUGUGAAAAAUAAAUAAAAUGCAAAAAGCCAAGCACAAAAGCGUACGCUGAAGCAGGUAAUAUAUUCCUGUGAAGGGAAGAUCUUUGGUUUGUUUUUUUCUUCAAAUCUGUAUGUAUUUGUUUGUCACUGUAAAUAUAUAUGCAUUGUACAUUUAAGCCGAUAUUUAAUGGUAGAAACAAAUUCAGUUUAUGUUGCAGCAUGAAUGUGAUUUCACACUUGAAACAUUUUAAAUCCACUGUUACUAUAGUGGCAACAGUCGGUUAUCAGGGUACACAGCAGAAAGGUCGGUGGUGCUUAGCACUGAAUUCUGGGAAAAUGAGUUGAAUUCUGAAAGCAUUCAUCGUGCUCAUGCCUUACAUUGUGAAAUGCUACUGGCUUUGGAGAAUAAUCCAAGGGAUUGUUUUUGCAGACUGAACAAAUCUCAUAUGAAAAAGCAAAGGUGAAUUUUGUAUGUAGUACCUUUUACUCUGACCCAAACUUUUGUAAAAUGCCAGUAUAUUAUUUUAAAGAAAAAGCAAUAUGAAUCAUAAUUAGCACAACUUAUCUGUUGAUACUUAUUGGUCUUUUUUAAACACCCAACUGUGCAAUAUUUUAACAAUUGGAAUGUUUAUGUUAACAGGCGUGGGAUUUACUGGCUUCAGCUUUAGGUGUAACAUUAAUUUUCACAAAGUGACAUAUUUCUUUGUGUCCAGUCAGAGGGUUAAUGGAUUUUCUCCUACAGGCAACAACUUAUACUGUUAACCUGAUUAACUUGAAAUGAGAUGCCCUGCAGAAGCAGGAAAGGGCAGAAAGUCACAUAUUUGUUUUUAUUCAGGUAAAAGUGAUGCAGAAAUUGUAAAUAACUUCACAGUAGGCAAUGUCUUAUGUUGUAUUAUUUUUUUGUAUGGAUACCUUUAAUAUGUUAUUUUUUGUUUGUUCUUUUUACAGUAACGUGUUUUAAAAAGUCAUUGAACAAUCUCAUUUUUCUUGCAUGUUCCUUUUUCCUGUUCUAAUGUUUAAGGGUGGGAAGAAAUCCAAGUAAUUAAAACAAAAAAACUGAUUGUUGAUUUAUUGAUCUGUAUGUAAAUUAAAUUGUAUAUACGUUUGUGGAAUAUGAUUGCUAUUUAAAACCAAAACGAUGAUAAAUAAACCACAUUUUCAUUAAUCAA